AUGUAUUCAAUCAUUCCUCUUAUUCUAUUGUUCACUGCAGUGAUCACUGGUUCAUAUGCUCAAUUCACUUCUAAUGGAUCACAAGCAAUAGUUGAUGCACACAACAAAUUGAGAUCUUCAAUUGCAAAAGGAACCUAUGUGGCGAAAGGAUCGAAAAAGCCUUCUGCAUCUAAUAUGAGAAAAAUGGUUUGGGACAAUUCUGUUGCCACAUCUGCGCAAAACUAUGCAAACGACUGUCCAAAAGGUCAUUCUGGAGCAAGUGGACUCGGAGAAAACUUGUAUUGGUCGUGGACUUCUGGCAAUGUUUCUUCACUCGAUACAUAUGGAACAGUUGCGUGUGUAGAAUGGGAAAAGGAAUUCCAAGAUAAUGGAUGGACAUCCAAUACCAUGAACAGUGCUCUUUUCAACAGUGGAGUGGGACAUGCAACUCAAAUGGCGUGGGCAAAUACUAGUUUGAUUGGAUGUGGAGUCAAGAACUGUGGACGAGAUUCUUCAAUGAACAACAUGUUCAAGAUAACGGUUGUAUGCCAAUACAAGCCACCAGGAAACUACAUGAAUCAACCCAUUUAUGAGCAGGGAUCAACAUGUUCCAGCUGUCCUUCAUCUACCAAGUGUGAAACAGAAACUGGACUGUGCGCAUAA